UCUGAUACGCUGGGCGGGGCCGAGGUGGGUCCCCCAUCACCUAUUUUAGAGGUGACUGUGCCGCUGACGUCAGGCGGCUUUUUGGUUCAUUCCCUGGCACGGGGACUUUAUUUUCAUAACAGCAUGCAGUGCCGUGGAACUGGAAUAGGCGUGUCCUUUCCCCCUGACCCUCUCCCGCCCCUUGUCCCUCUGCCCACCCCCUCGCUCGCUCCCUCCCUCCGACGACAGCCGCCUUUAUAACUGCUCCACGAGGCGAAGGCGGCAUCCCUGCCCGCAGGCGUCCCCAGCACCGAGGGGCUCCGUGCUGCCUCUUACGCGCGCGGGAAGCAGCGCAAAUCCACGGACUGAAGAGAAGGCACCAGGGACCAGAAUGGCCACAACAGCCCCCAGAGGUUGCCACCAGGGCCUGAACUCCAGGUACUACAGGCUUUGUGAUUUGAAUGAAGCUUGGGGAAUCGUCCUAGAAACAUUGGCUGCCCUCGGGGUUGUGACCACGGUGGCCUUCAUGCUCGCUCUCGUGAUCCUCGUCAACAAGGUGCAGGACUCCAACAAGCGAAAAAUGCUCCCGAUCCAGUUUCUCUUCCUUGUCGGUGUGCUGGGCAUCUUCGGCCUCACCUUCGCCUUCAUCAUCAAACUUGAUAGCGGCACGGGGCCCACACGCUUCUUCCUCUUCGGUGUCCUCUUUUCCCUCUGCUUCUCCUGCCUCCUGACUCAUGCUUCCAACUUGACAAAGCUGGUCCACGGGAGGGAGCCCCUCUCCUUGCUGGUGAUGCUGGGCCUGGCUGUGGGCUUGAACCUGGUGCAGGACAUCAUUGCUAUUGAAUACGUCGUCCUCACCAUGAACAGGACCAACACCGCAAUCUUCUCUGAGCUCUCUGCUACUCGACGCAAUGAAGACUUUGUCAUGCUGCUCAUCUAUGUCCUCUUCUUGAUGUUGCUGACCUUCUUCAUGUCCUCCUUCACUGUCUCUGGAUCCUUCCCUGGCUGGAAGAGACAUGGAGCCUACAUCUGCUUCACCACGCUCCUCUCCAUCACCUGCUGGGUGGCAUGGAUCACCCUGCUCUUGGUUCCUAACCCUGGCCCCCAGUGGGAUGAUCUCAUCCUCAGCGCAGCCUUGGUUAUCAAUGGCUGGAUUUUCCUGUUGGCUUAUGUUGUGCCUGAGUUUCAAGUGCUCACAAGGCAACAGAACUCCAUGGAUUAUCCUCUCGAGGAUUCUUUUUGUAAACCUAAACUCAUGAAGCAGAGCUAUGGUGUGGAGAACACAGCCUAUUCUCCAGAGGAAAUCGCUCAAGGUCGGGAAGGGCCAGGUCACGAGCUCUACACCCCUUACUCCACCCAUUUUCCGCUCCAGAAUCCGACUCCCCCAAAGGAUUUCUCCAUUCCACGGGCCCACAGCCCUUACAGUGAUUAUGAAGGAAGGAAAGAUGGCAGUUAACUGUUCUGAAGAGUGGGACUAACACAGCAAGUCAGCAGAACCAGCGGGGAAUUCAAAAGGACGUGGGCUAAACCUGAGUCUUCUAAGGAAACUGUAGGAACCGUGGUGGGAAGAGCUUGCCUCCCCGCCAACCUCAACCUCUGUCCUUCUGUUCUGGAGUUGAUGGCGGCUAAUUAGACUCCAGUUCUUAGCACAACUCUAGCGUUUUCCUUUGUCCCAAGCUUAGGAUACUCCUUGUCAGUGGGAGUGUGAGGCAACUCAGGGCUAGGCUCUCACAACUCCCUGUCACCUGACAUGUGACUAAAGAUCUGCUCAUCUGACCACGUACUGGCUCAGGCCACUUCAGGAGCCACCUUGUCCCCUCAAGGCUGGUCUUGUGAGGUUGCUUGGCCUGGAGCAGAACUGCAAAUCUGAGCAAAAACAGCAAAGGCCUGUCUCUCAGCCUUGCCCUGCCCAAAUCUACACUGGAAGCCACCUUACUGGCACCCUCCCUUCUUGCCUGGGUGGGAGAGGCUAAAGGUCACCCUAAAUUUACUCAUCUCUGUGGUGCUGCCUAGCGCAGGGGCUCUAUGGGUCCCCAGCACCGAUUCACAGGUCACCCCUCUCUUCCUGCACCCUUCCCAAACUUGCUGUCAGUCCCCAGACCUCAUCUCCCCUCUUUACCAGGAGUUCUCCUUCUGGGCCUCCCCAGUGUGGACAUGUCCAGUUUCUCUGCCCGAAGGAUUUGUGCACUGUCCUCGCUGUAAAUUCCUGGCCCGGUGUCUUCUCCCAUCCCCCGCUCCUCCGCCUCUGUAAAUAGAUUCGCACCGUGAUCACCCCUGCCUUCUGUAACGGGGCAUUGUCUACGAAUGGGGAGUGUUCCUUGUCUAAUAAGCUAUUCGCUGUUCCUCACCUGGAGAUGCAAUAAAGAUGUGGUGACAACCCUUUCAUGUGGCA